CCUAGGGCUCAGGUCCUCCGAGAGAGAGAAGGAGAGAAUUAGAGAACGCACACUUAGAUUCACAUAGGACACCGAAUAGGACAGGAGAAGUACUCCAGAUAUAACAAACUGACCCUAGCCCCCUGACACAUAAACUACUGCAGCAUAAAUACUGGAGGCUGAGACAGGAGGGGUCAGGAGACUCUGUGGACCCAUCCGAGGACACCCCCGGACAGGGCCAAACAGGAACUCCAGUGUAGAUUUGGCUUUGUGUUUUAGGCUAUUGUCUUGCUGAAAUGUGAAUGAAUCUCCCAGUGUCUGAUGGAAAGCAGACUGAACCAGGUGUUCCUUUAGGAUUUUGCCUAUGCUUAGCUCCUUUCCAUUAUAUUUUUUUUAUCCUGAACCCCCCCCCCCCCCCCCCCCCCCACAGUCCUUGAUUACAAGCAUACCCAUAACAUGAUGAAGUCACCACUAUGCUAAAAUAUGGAGAGUGGUACUCAGUAAUACUCAGUAUGAUUUCACUCAGUAUUUGCACAUUUGCACAGUUUUUCCUUCUACAUUAGCUGCAGUGAAAUGUCUCCACACAUCAGAUAGUGCCCGUGGCAUUUCCCUGUAAAGAUUAGAAAAAAAGGAGUAAAAAAAACUAACUACAAUUCCAUGUACAAAUAAAUAGUUAAGCAGUUAGAUUAAUCAACUCCUUUGUAAGAUAAAUGUUUUAAAAUGAAACAUGUAUGGAAACAGGUGAAUUAACACUCAGUUAGCAGGCUCAAGCAAGCUAAAACCCACAUGGUAGCAAAAACUAACUAGCAGAAAUUAACAAGUUAAAAAUUAUUUAAACACAAUUUUCUGUAGGCUACUAUUUACUAGUUAACAAAAAAUUAUUUAUGUCAUAUAAAAUCAAUUCACCUGACCCUUUGCAACCCUAAUUGUGGCGGAACUACAAUGUUGUUGAUCAUCCUCAGGUUUUGCCUAUCACAGCCAUUAAACUCUUUAACUGUUUAAAUGUCACCAUUGGCCUCAUGGUGAAAUCCCUUAGCAGUUUCCUUACUCUCUGACAACUGAGUUAGGAAGGGCACCUGUAACUUUGGUGACUGAGUGUAUUGAAACACCAUCCAAAGUGUAAUUAAUAACUUCACCAUGCUCAAAGGGAUAUUCAAUGUCUGCUUUUUAAAAUUAUUUUUUCCCUUCUUUGCGAGCAUUGGAAAACCUUCCUGGUCUUUGUUUGGUCUGUGUUUGAAAUUCACUGCUCGACUGAGUGACCUUACAGAUAAUUGUAUAUGUGGGGUACAUAUUCAAAAAUCAUGUUAAACACUAUUAUUGCACACAGAGUGAGUCCAUGCAACUUAUUAUGUGACUUGUUAAGCACAUUUUUACUUUUGAAGUUAUUUAGGCUUGCCAUAACAAAGAGGUUGAAUAAAAAACGACUCAAGGGAUUUUAUUUUAUUUUUUUAUAAAUCAUUCCACUUUGACCUUAUGGGGUAUCAUGUGUAGGUCAGUGACAAAUCUCAGGUAAGCGAUUUUAAAUUCAGGCUGUAACACAACAAAAUGUGGAAUAUGUGGAAUAUGUUCAUAAUAUACACCAUUUUAUGUAUGAAGUUCUCUAGCUUCAACCUAUCUGUACUUUGUUCCUCUGGAUGUCUCUGUACCAAACCUCCUCAGAGUAAUUAUACAUGAAGCCUUCAACCCUUUGUCCUCCAUCUCCCUUUGAAUAUUGAAUUGCAAUGCAUUUCGUUAACCAGGGUAUUAUGCACAAACGGAGCAGGUGAUGACUCAAAAUUCAAACAAGAAAUGAAUCCCGAGUCAGCCAUUUUGGUGGUAAUAGCUGUCCUAUUGGCCAGCUGUCUUUUUCUUUUAGAAUGGAUGGGCUCCUAUUGAACAGGAUGUCUUCAUUAGCACCUGUGGCUCAGCAUUUCAAGGUUAUCAGAUGUACUGUGCUGUUUGCAGGUAUAAUAGUUUGUCAAGAUCAAAAGGUUUAAAACCAGGCAAUGCUUAAUGAGGGCCAGUUUCCUGGACCGAGAUUAAGCCUACUCCUGGAUUACAAAGAAUCUCCAAUGAAAGUGCUUUUUAGUCCAGAAAUAGACUUAACUUGACGUGAUGAUGACCAAAGACACAUUAGGCUUUAAAGAGGCUAAACAACAACGGGUUAAAAGGUGUCUGUGAUAAAUGCCUCUUCCUGUGGCCAGGUGCCUUUCUCCUGUGAUAAAUCAGACUUCCUGAUUUUAAAUGAUUUAUACCCUGGAUAAAGAGAUGCAGCAGUGCUCUCCUCCGUCCUCCCUGUAGGUGUCUCUGGGUUUUCUCUUCUUUAAGACCUGGCUACAUUUUAAACAAACAAUCAGCCAGCCUUGCUUGUUUAAACUAGAAGGCUAAUGGGGGUGUGGUAGAGGGAGAGACAGAGAGGGAGAUUCUAUCCAACAGUUCUACUGCUCCACAGCACAGGCCAAUAACAGAGGGAUUUCAUUCUCUCCCGCAGCGUUUGCUGUCCUGCUGUUUAUUACACGGUUGUCUUUAGUUUCAUUACACUCAAAGCAGGGCAACUCAUUUUUAGAUGAGAAAAAAAUACAUUUCCUCCCUCCUCUGGACAGACAGCAGGACAUAAAAGGGCAGUUGUUUGAAAUGUGUACACAACUCACGGAUGGGACCAUUUACUCAGGCAUAUUUGCCAAUGUACAGUAGUCUACAGAAAGCUUUUAGGCCAUAUAAAUAAGUCAGGAGGGAGCAGAGUAAGAGCUGUGAACCUUUACAAAGCUGGAGGGGUUUACUGGACUGGGUUUCUUUGAGGCCUUUGUUUCUCCAGUUUCUGUGAGUGUUUUUAAGUGUGGUGAGGGGGCGCUCAAAGUGGCUGCAAAUCAUUCACUGUGGUUCCAAUCUUAGCAGGGCCUGUAUGUUUCAUGUUUGUUACGCUUCCUAAAAUCUGCAUGAACAGCACCACAUCAUGAAAUGUGUUUCAAAGGAAAGCUUCAUAUUUAGAUUUUCUACUUGACAUAAUUUUAUAAUGAACUAAUCCAUCAGCAUUUCAAAACCUCUGUUCUGUUCAGUUUAUUCUUGUUUUUAAACAGAUUUUCAUUUGAAAUGACAUGAUUGUGAAAAUGGAACUAGUUAUUUUGCAACCUAGGAUCUGCAUGUGGUUGUGGGAGGAAGCUUACAGCUGCCAUGGGGAACAAAUUGCUGUCUUGCUGCCAUGGGGAACAAAUUGCUGUCUUGCUGGAUCCCAAUCUAACUAAAAUGAUUCCUGUCUCUUGAAUAAAAAAAUAUAAUCUAUUGGAUAAAAUAGCUGCUCCCAACCAUCUGCAAUCAGGUGGAAGUUGUUUGUCUGUUCGCUAGAUUGUAUGGAUUUCUGCAAACAGAAGCAAUGUGCUGUAUGUUUUGAAAGCAUUCUUGUUCAUCAGAGCAUAAAUGGAUGUAUGGCUUUAUACAUUUCUUCUGUUUAUCAUGGCAACUCUACAAUAAGUACAAUCAGUUUAGCCACUAAAAUUAAUUAGAGAAAAAUAAAAACCUAUAAAAGCUAAAUUGUGCUCCAUAUUGUGGCAUGGUUCCUACAUAUUAGUGCAUUUGGAAUGGGCAAAGUUAGUGAGUUUGUGGGUGGAAUGUAAAGUGACUGGAAUUUCUUCAUAGACAAUGCACCACAUUGGCUUGUAAUGAGUCAUAGAUAUCUGGAAUUCUUCCAAUUACCAACAAAAAGCUAUCUUAUUUUUCAGUCAUAAGCACUGUAGUUACCUUUUUUGAAUGAAGUGUAACCUAGUUGCACCGCUUUUUAUUUUUUAUUUGUUUUUAUUAACAUGUUGAAUUCACAGUAUCGAUAAAGGUUUUACAAAUGAGGAUAGCUUGUCUGCCUGUCCUCUCACUCCUCUCCCUUCUCCUGCAACAGUCUUCAGGAUUUCACCUCCAUGCUCAGACCUUAAGCCCUAAGCCCUUAGGCCACCAAGGCUUCCAUUUCUCCCAUCAUAUCAUCUCUAGUAUACUGUCAAGUAUUGCGUGUUUGUAAUGCUUUGGAUUUCUUACCAUGGGGGUGUCAUGAGCUUUCUCCAACUCCAUGUUCUUGUUGCCCUUUUAUGCCAGGGACAAGCCCUACACUAGCCAAACAAUCCAGUUUGUUUUCACAAAAGUGGAAGACUACAAUCUACCAUGCAGUAUCUGCCAUUUCACUUGCUUGAAGCUGCACUCUACUGUACCCUGCAUUGAGGACCUGAUAACUAGGAAUGCUUUUGAAAUGUAUUUAACAUUUGCUGCCAUUUUCAACCCUCGCUAAGGUUUCCUACGGUGUUUUAGGAGGACUAUCAGGAAUAGAACGAGACCCUUGAAUGACUGUUCCAUUUUCACAAAUACGUUUUGUUCAACGUAGUUUAUUUUUUAUUUUUAAAUUACAUUUGAAUGUUCAGCUCUUAUUGCUCAUUCGCUGUCUCGUUUUUAUUCCAGGAAGUUCCCUCUGAAGCAGGGAGUGUCUGCAUAUAAAAUGGUCUGCAGUUCUCUGCUUCAUAGAUGCCACCACCGUCUCCUCUUCUAUGACCAUGGGAGGCCCUCGCAGUGCUUUUCCCACCUCUUCCAGCUCCACCAUGCACUCCAGUACUUCAGCCACCGACCACACCUCUGCUCAUACUGGCAUCGCCGCUCCAGACGAAGGUGUAAGUAGCAGAGCGGUGGCCGAGAUGCUUGGAGCCGAGGGCGGGACUGGCAACAGUGGGAGUGCUGGUGGCGGCAGGGCUGGCGGCGAGAAAGGAGGAGGGGCAGGAUCCCUAGGUGGAGGAGGAAGAGGGGGGGCAUCCCAGGAGGCCCAGCAGCACCACCAGAUGACCCCCUCCAAGCGGCGGACGGUGCUGAACAUCUCACCUCCGCCCGAGGACCUGUUUGACGACAGCCGCAUGUCCUGCCAGGAGGAUCAGCUCCAGGACUCCGAGCAGAGCAACAGCAUCUGGAUGGAUGACUCCGCCUCCAACUUCAGCAUCGUCAGCUCCAGCUCCUACAACGACAACACAGAGGUGCCCCGGAAGUCCCGCAAGCGCACCCCCCGCCAACGACCCGGGCCCAAGCCUGCCUCGGCCGAGGAGGCCAGCAUGGACGUGUUUGAUGCAGACAGUGCCAAAGGGCCUCACUUUGUGCUCUCACAGCUGGGCUCAGACAGCAAGGCCUGUACCAAAGGAAGUUCGGCAGAUGGCUCCCAAACAACCCAUCAGAAAGGUGGGACCCUAGCGAGCCAAUUCCCUCAGAAGAGUGAGUGCAAGGAGCUGAAGAUCCUGGUCCAGCCUGAGACCCAGCACAGAGCCCGCUACCUGACUGAGGGCAGCAGGGGGUCAGUGAAGGACCGCACUCAGCAGGGCUUCCCUACCCUAAAGCUGGAGGGUGUGAAUGAGGCAGUGGUGCUGCAGGUGUUUGUGGGUAAUGACACAGGGCGUGUAAAGCCACAUGGGUUCUACCAGGCCUGCAGGGUGACUGGGCGCAACACCACAGCCUGCAAGGAGGUGGACAUCGAGGGCACCACUGUCAUUGAAGUGUCCCUGGACCCCAGCAAUAAUAUGACCCUGGCGGUGGACUGCGUGGGGAUCCUAAAGCUGCGUAACGCUGAUGUGGAAGCUCGUAUCGGGGUGGCCGGCUCCAAAAAGAAGAGCACGCGUGCCAGGCUGGUGUUUCGGGUCAACAUCCCCAGGCCGGACGGCUCGGUGCUCACGUUACAGACACCGUCGUCCCCCAUCCUGUGCACCCAGCCUGCAGGGGUGCCUGAGAUUCUGAAGAAGUCCCUCCAUAGUUGCUCGGCGAGGGGGGAUGAGGAGGUCUUCAUCAUUGGGAAGAACUUCCUCAAGGACACCAAGGUCAUAUUCCAGGAAAAUGUGUCAGAUGAGAAGUCUUGGAAGGCAGAGGCUGAAAUUGACAUGGAGCUGUUUCACCAGAAUCACUUGAUUGUGAAGGUUCCUCCAUACCAGAACCCAGCCAUCGUGUCUGCGGUGUGUGUGGGGAUCUACGUGGUGACCAAUGCUGGCCGAUCCCACGACGUGCAGCCUUUUACAUACACUCCAGAACCAGUGGACAUAUCUGUGAAGAAAGAAGUUCCAUCUCCAGGCAAGCCCUGCCCCUUUGAUCAACAGAUGAAAGUAAUUGAUGGUGCCUUGAUGCCCCCAAUGUUGCCUCUUGUGAAGAGAGAAGAGGUCACUCCAAUGGAGGUCUCCAGCAACCUCCCUUCUGCUGGCAUUUUCAAGCGAACCCCCGAUGUCAUGUGUUCGGUCCAGCAGACGCUGGACAUGAGUUCCAACCUUCCCCCCAACAACAGCCCGUUCUCCAACUCCUUGCCGCGGCCUGCCAAGGACCCUGCCGAAUCCCAAACAGCAGUCUUCAACAGUGCAGAGGCCCUGAGCACCAUACAGAAGCAGGACAUCGCUCCCACCAACUCCUUCCCCGUGCCUGCAGAUUCUCUACUCCAACCUGGGCCUCAGCAGUUCCUCCUGGAGCCCAGAGAGGGGCUGGGGCAGGACAGGGCCGGCAACAACGCUGGGGCGGUAGGGAGGCUCAGUCAACAAGUGGAGGCCCCUCAACCUGCCCCCCAGCAGCACCAGCUGCCCAUAUUCCCCCCAGACGAGGUGGCCCAACUGGAACAAGCAGUGAGACAACUGCAGGCCAAAGGGUACUGCAGCCAGCAGCAACAGCGACAACAGCAACAGAUUCAGCAGCAACAAAUUCAGCAACAACAGCAGCAACAAAUUCAGCAACAACAGCAGCAACAACAGCAGCAACAAAUUCAGCAACAACAGCAGCAACAAAUUCAGCAACAGCAACUACAGCAACAACAGAUUCAACAUCAACAAAUUCAGCAACAACAGCAAAUUCAACAGCAACAAAUUCAACAGCAACAAAUUCAACACCAGCAGCAGCAACAGCAAGUGUUGGAGAACCUGCAGCAGCAGCUGUUUCAGUCACAGAUGCCCAUGCAAUGUGGCAUAUUCCAGGGUGGUUCUCGAGGUGAGAACACUGAACAGCAGGGUUCCCAGCAGGGCAUGGUGCAGAACCAUGGUUCCCUCUUUCAGCAGGCCCAACAACAGCAGCAGCAACAACAACAACAACAGAAACAGCAGCAGCAAGCAGCGCUCUUUCAGCAAGCCAAUGAGAUCCUCUCCAUUCAGACCAACUUCCUCCAUCAGACCCCUUCUCAUCCCUCUCCACCCCUCUUUCAUAACCCCAGCCCCCUGGCUGAGGCACAGGACCCACAGGGCGCGCUGUUCCACACUCAGAAGGCCUCUCCCACCCAGGAGCAGGUCCAGGCAACCCUCUUCCAGAACACCCUGACAGUGUUGAGUAGGACCAGCCUCUCCCCAGAGCAGCCCCCCUCUCCCGCCAACCUGUUCCUCCCCCAGAGUACCCUGCCCGGGCAGCUCUCCGCUAGCGGUAGCCAGCAGCUGGCCUUCCUCAGUGCCCUGCAGACCUCUGCCACUGAGCCUCAGUCAGUGUUCCAGGCUCAGACCCAGCUUUCCCCCAUCCAGCAGGGAACCCCCAUGGAGCAGCAGCAGCCAUCCCAGCCUCAGCCCCAGCCUCAGCCACCUCAGCAGAACUCCAUGUUUCAGAACAUCUCCCCUCAUCCACCUGCAAACACUCUCUCUCAGACCCAGCAGCAGCAGGCCAGCCUACUGUUUUGCAGCAACCCCCUCUCCACUCCAGAGCAGGCCCCCAGUCUGCUGUUCAGCAGCCAGGGCCAGAUGCCCCCCAUGAGUAGCAGCAGCCUGAACUCUCAGGAGCCCCAAAACCCCUCCAUGCUGUUCUCUCAGGCCAGCAUGGUGACAGUUAGCCAGCAGGAAUCCUCAGAGCCCAUGGCCUUCCAGGACCAGAGCCAGGUGGUGGGGAACCCCUCAGAGCCUCGCCAGCAGGGCCUGUUCCAAGAGCAGCAGCCCAUGCAACUGAUCACCAGCUCCAACAACGGCCCAGAGCAGCCCGUCUCCCUCUUUAUGCCCCAAUCCAACAUGGCUGCCCUGCAGGGUUGCAUGGCUGCCCAGGAGCUCCCGCAGACGGGCAUCUUCAGCACCCAGAAUGGGGUGGCAGGCCUGCAGACCACCACCUCCUCCCCUGUGCAGCAGCCAGGGUCUCUGUUCCAGACAGCAGUCAGUGGGACCCUCAACCAGCCCAGCGAGGCCCAGCAGCCAGGCCUCUUCCUCUUUGGGAUUCAGAAUGAGUGUGGCCAGCUGAUAACCUCUCCUGGAACCACUCUGUCUGAUCAGAUCAUUGCCAUCAGUCAGUCUGGUCAGAACCAGAGAGAGAGCGAGGCCCAGAUCCAGUCGCUGCUCAACCAGUCCAUGUCUGAGUCAGGGAGCAUGCAGAACAGCAUGACCGCCUCUCAGAACAUGGAGAAGAUAGAUGACCUGCUUGUUAGCCUGCAGGAGCAGGGCAACAACCUCACUCGCUCCUACUAGGCCUGCUAUAGGUUUUAGGAGCCCCGAAGACCCCCAGUGUGGACCCCCAUUACAGACGGCAGAAGACCCCAGUGUAGACCCCCAGUGUGGACCCCCAUUACAGACGGCAGAAGACCCCAGUGUGGACCCCCAUUACAGACGGCAGAAGACCCCAGUGUGGACCCCUAUUACAGAUGGCAGAAGACCCCAGUGUGGACCCCUAUUACAGAUGGCAGAAGAACAGAAACAAAUUCAACAGUGGGCUCCUGUCCAAACUCCAAGUUACAUGUAACCCUCAGCGGCCUUCUUCUCCAAGGACAGUCUUCAUGUGUAGAUGCUCCACAGUGGCGCCGAGCGGGGUACCAGUCCGCCACUGCAUCUAAACCUGGACCUCAAAAUAGGACAUAGGUUGUAGUCACCCCACAACUGCAGUGUGGUCAAUGUAUCUCACAGCUAGCCGCCUCCAGCUGUUAUUGAAACAUGACACUAUGUAAUGUUUGGCUAACUCAUCAGUUCUCAGAGCAGCACUAUGUAAUGUUUGGCUAACUCAUCAGUUCUCAGAGCAGCAUUUUGCGGUGUGGUUUUAUAAGGAUGGUGGUGGAAGCUAGCGCAGCAUUCGGUCUUCUCCAGGACCAGAGUGUGGGCUCACAAUUGUUUAUAACACAUUGUUGUCCUUUUUAUACGAUAUUAAAAGUAUUUUAGGAAAUAGCAAAAGAAAAUAUACAAUUUGUGAAAAACAAACCUUUGUAAGAUAUUUUGACAUGAAUUCUUUCAGCACUUUACGAUGCUUUCCUUUUGUGACCAUUUCCUCAUUAAGUUGGCCCAUGCAUUCACUCGUCAGCUAUUUAUCUUUCCUGCUGUUUACUGGAUGUACAGCUCGACUACUUUAUUACUCCUGCAUGUGUGUUGAGUUAUGGCUUUAGUUUUUUAUUGCUCCUUUCAUGAAACACCCGUUUAUCUUAUUGGCAGCCAUCUUCCCAUUACCCAUUCCUGAGAAUAACUCCAACUAUUUGAGUAUUACACCAUGGAUUUCUUUCCCUGAUUAGACUCUGGAGUACGACAGAUGCUCUAGAUUAGGGUCAAUGUGGAUCAAGAAAAAAUAAAUAAUCCAGCUGUUAAAUCAUUCAUUUCCAGUCUACAUAAUUAAAUAAUAGGCCUACAGUUUGAAUAAAUCAUAACCAUAUAUGCGUACCAUAUACCAGUGCGCACGGUUGUCUGAUUGAUGUAAUUAAAGAGUAUAUUGUUAUUUGUAUCAUUCUAUGGCAAGUGUAGAUAAUGUGUUGUUUUGUAGUGAUGUCUCCAUGGCAGAUGUUUGUAUUAGCUCACGUCUGGCACGCACGAACUGGACUUAUCUAUAGAUCAGAGAGGAGUUUUCCGUAUGUUUGUCUUACUGUAAAACAGCAACUCUCUUGCCUACAGUGGGCCACCCCAGGACCUGAGUCAAGGCCUCAAGUCACAGCCUCCUUUUUCGUCUUCAUGAAUGGCCAGUUUUAUGGCUCAUAUUGAUUGGUGUGUUCAUAUUUGUCGUUUGAGACUAGCCAUGUUUUGACAGGGAGAAAAUGGUGAAAGUGACUGGAGCAGUUAUUUGUUUUGCCUUGACCAUGAAUGGUGGUUUGUAGUUGGAUUAUUAGUGUCAGGCGUGAUAUACAGAUGUAGGAUCUUAAUUUGAUCACUCUUUUGUUGCUGAGAAUUUUCCUGCACCGCAAGAAAUACAAACUUGUUGUUUUUCUUAUAUAUAUAUAUAUUUUGUACUUUUUACCCCCAAUUUCGUGAUAUCCAAUUGGUAGUUGGUCUUGUACCAUCGCUGCAACUCCUGUACGAACUCGGGAGAGGUGAAGGUCGAGAGCCAUGCGUCCUCCGAAACUUGACCCUGCCAAGCCGCACUGCUUCUUGACACACUGCUCGCUUGACCCGGAAGCCAGCCGCACCAAUGUGUCGGAGGACACACUGUACAGCUGGCGACCAAAGUCAGCGUGCAUGCGCCCGGCCCGCCACAAGGAGUCGCUAGAGCGCGAUGGGACAAGGACAUUGUGCUCCGCAUCAUGGGUAUUCCCAGUCAUGGCCAGCUGUGACACAGCCUGGGAUCGAACCCGGGUCUGUAGUGACACCUCAAGCGCUGCAGGGCUGCGCCUCUCGGGAGGCAUGUGUAUUUGAGUUUUGAAAAGGUUUCUAAAGUUUUUAUUUUCGACUUUGAAAUUUCAGACUUGAUUUACCCUAAUGAAGAAUGCAUCAACUCCUACAAAAAUGUCCAUUAAUUAUAAUCCACAGAAUAAUUCACAUUUCCUUUUGCUGCAGGAUUAUUUUUCUGCUGUAGCAAACUGGCUCAAAUUAAGACCCUACACCUGUACUGCUGCCAAACUGGUUUGUGCUUUUAUUCUUUACAUGUGAGUAUUGGGCUGAAGUGGAGCCAACAGUAAGAUUGUGUCUUGUUUUUAGUCUGAAUCUGAGUAUACGCAUGAACAAGGGGCUGGUCUCUGAUGACAACAAGAACAGCUUAGUUGAGUGCCUCCAUCAUUCUCUCUUAUUGUUGUUGUCUGUUAGUGUGUGUUCUUAACAUCAUUACCUUUUAUUCACUUUUAAAAACAAGAAGAUUUUUAAAAUGGAGAGUAUUUAAACUAUUUUUAGUAAUGUGAUUGGUGGGGCCCCAUAUUCCCCAUCCCAGAGCUUGAGCUGUGUUCUUUUAGAUAUUUAAAGGGACCCUACUCAUGAAGAAUGAACCGUUAAGUUGCUUUAGAGAAAAGAGCUGUCUGUGAUUGGCUUUCUUCAACUCUUGUGAAAAACUAGUACUUUUGUUUCCAAUAGUCAUGAGUAUUUAUGUGAAUUUUUUAUAAGAUUUACAAAUAUUUUAUCAUAUCUUUUUUACUGGUGUAGUUCUAAUACAUAUUUUCAGAAAUCAUAUCUAAUUUAUUUGUUAUUUUUUUGUCUUAGAUAUUGUGUCCCACAAUCAUCUUUGUCCUACAAAUGACUUGAUGUACAAGUUUGGUUCUGAUUUAACUCUGUAAUUGUAUUAAUAUUAGUUAUGUGGAUUUGGCCCUUCCCCACCUGUUGAAACUGUAAUUGGCAGUGUUCUUGUGUGACAUAUCUGUCAGUGAAGCUUAUCUUCUCCUUCUGAGGACAGGGAUACAACUUUAUGGUUGAGGGAGUUCAAAUGUACCAUGUACACUACGAGUCACAUGUACUUUCCUGUGCAUUGUUUUCCUCCUUAGAUAGAUUUCUGUUCAUAUGCCAGGUUGAGAUCAAUUGUACAGUAUGUUUGUCCAAAGCUGAUAGUUUAAGUCAAACCCUUGUGAUAUCAUUUGUGAAACAUUGAACCUGUACUGUCACAUCUACAACUUAUUUCAUCUCUUGAAUAAGGAAAGUGUAGGAAGUUAUUGGACAACUAUGCCAGUUAUAAAGCCAUACAGACAGGUAAAACAGCAUCUAUUAAAUAUUUGUUAAUAGGGUUUACAAAAAACUCCAAACGCAGAAUGUGUUUGUUACCUCAACCCGAGCAGGUUGCUAAUCAGGCCACCUUACUCAACAUUGGACCAAUUACAAUGAUAAAGUACAUCCUUUAUAUAUAGUAUACAUACAAUAUUUUGGCAGCAGCAUGUUAAUGUUUUGUGUUAUGAAUACACAAUAAGCAUAUUGAGGGGAAAAAAAUACCUAUUUUCAAAUGUAACCAAUGAAUAUCCCAAAUAAUUUGAGCUUUGACAAAAGAGGAGGGCUAUUUGGUUCUGAGGCUACAUGUUUUACAUUGAUGACGACAUGAGUCUUUGUAAUUGAGUGGCGCAAUACGUUAUUGUACCGGUUAAGGUUCCAUUUACUGAAGACCUAAAAAUGAACUACUUUUCCUACUCAACCAAUGACUACAGAAAUGCAGAGGUCACCUUGAAAGUUAUAUUUUUACCAUAUUUGCACCCAGACUAACCAAUGAUUAAUGACAUCACAGUGUACAGCAAAUAUAUUUUAGAAGUAUUGCUCAGUACAUUGGAUGAUAUACUUGUGCCUUGACAAACUUUUAUAGUAGAGACCAGAUUUAUCUUGUACCAGUGUUGCCUGAUUUAUUUACCGCUGUGACACUAUUGUCUGGUUAUUAGCCCUUGAUAACUAGUAUCUUGCAAGCCAUACGACUUGUGUGCUUCAAAUGCCGUACAGAGAUGAGUGACCAGAUAAAUGUAUAGUGUUGUGCAUCUGAUUUUAUUUUCACGAAAAUGUUAAUUGCAUUUGUUGUUUAACGUCGUUGCAAUUGAAGUUUUGUCUCAAACUGCUAUGCAGCUUGAUUCAAUAUAAAUGUAUAUCUGUUACUUUUUUAUAUAGAUUUGAUCUAUCUAGCCACUCUUGAUUGUUCAUUGCAAAGGGGAAACUAUAACGAAAUAUUGUAAUUCUGUUAAUUAUUUAUGUAGCUUUUUGAAAUAGUAUUGAUACUGUGUGCCACCGGGAUUUAUUUUUAUGAUUGGGCUUAUGUCAGUCAAGACCAACACAAAUUUCACCUAAUUGAAACAAACUUUUCAUUCAGACUUUUUAUCAUGGGUGUUUUGUUUAUAUUGUAAUUGUCAUCAGUUAGUCUGUUCACACACUUCUGUUUGUGUCCCCUUAACCUGUCAGGCUUUGGUUUGAUGUGAAAGUCUGCUUUAUUUCCUUGAGCGUUUUUUUCUGCUGGGGAUAGUAGUGAACCUGUUGAUAGCAUUGACAGGUUAUAGGUAUGGGGAGUGCAUAUCACCUAUGUGUUUUUAACUACCAUGUGAACAACCGUGAAAUAUUACCUUUGAAAAAAUGAAUCGAUAUAAAUGUAUUUUUGCUUUUGUUGGGGCAUUUGUAUACUCUUGCAAUUAUAUUUAUGUAAACCUGCUGGUAUCUAUAUUAAUAAAGAUAGAUGAUACGUU